AUUGAAACGCUAUGUUUUUUUUUAGAAUUUAGAAUUUUAUAAUUGAUAAACGUGAAAUAUACUCAUUCAGGCGUCUGGGAAGCGAGAAGAGGCGUCUCCUUAACUAAAAAAUGAAAAUUAUUUACGAAGUAUAUUUGAAGAAAUAUAAAUGGUUUUGUUGAAUGGUAAAGUAACCCAAUAAAAUAAUGGUUAUAAUCAAAUUUUCUUUCAUCUUUUUCUGCGUUUGUUUGGGAACGGUGGGAUGUUCUUUGUCCGGAUUCGACGAUAUAAUAAGAUGCCAUAGUUGCUGUUCGCAAAAUGUGCAGGUUAUGUACGAUAGAGGUGAAAUCAGUGUGAACAACGGGACAGUAUUGAAAACUUCGCAAGUAAAGGAUCAACCAAGCCUUAAAUGGAAAUACGCGGAAGAUAGUUUAUAUACUUUGAUAAAAAUAGAUCCAGAUGCCCCCAGUAAAGCCGAUCCUACAAGCAGGGAAUGGCGUCACUGGCUCGUAGUUAAUAUUCCAAGGGAUGAUGUGAACGAGGGAAACAUUGUCAGCAGCUAUAAGGGAGCCGGUCCGCCUAAAGGCACAGGUUUCCAUCGAUAUAUAUUUUUGGUUUACAAGCAAAACGGUAGAUUGGACUCCAGUGCUAUUUCCACUCAGCUAGGUGAAGUUCGGGCUAAAUUUGAUGCUAGUCAAUUCGCCAAUGAAAAUUCUUUGGGAGACCCGAUAUUUUGUAAUUAUUAUACCGCGCAAUUCGAGACAAAUAAUUAAAUGUUAAAUUUUUUUUUACAAAUUAUUUCAUAUAAUUUCUUUAUCACGUCGUCUCCGUAUUUAUUUGUUCAUUACACUCUUGUUAGUUCAUAGUUUACC